AUGCUGGACUCCUCAAUCGGAGAUUCAUACAUGGGUUCGAUGUUAGAACCAACACAAGAGAGAACUUGCUGCAAGCCCCAAGGGAUUCGAUUCAUAGAAUCCAUAAAGAAAUCUACCCUUUCUUUCAAAACUCACCAAGCCAUUGUCCUAAUUGUGACAUUUCUUGCAUACACAACUUACCAUGCCACUCGAAAAACUACCAGCAUAGUGAAAAAUGCCCUUGAUCCCCAAUCUCCAGAUGUGGAGUUGAAGUACUUCCCAUGGCAAAGAGCUUACUUAAACAAACCAAUUGAAAGCAAGAAGUUUUCAUGGGCUCUCGGUAGUGGCUGGGCGCCAUUUAAUGGUUCUGAUGGCNGAUUCUCAUUAAUAUAA